AUUCUAAUAAAUCCAACUGUCAAAAUGACAGAACGGUACAAACGAUUAUGAACAGAAUCACAGAGUUAGGUAAUAGACGUUUUUGAAUAACAGCGAUAAUGUUUCGUUGGUAGACAAAAAGUACCACUUCGUCACUUAUCAAAUUUAUCAGUAUGACGAUUUUUAUGACAUUAUUUAGCAAGAAGCAUCUGAUUCACAUGCGUAUUAGUAGUAACUCGUUUUAAAACGACUUGUAGUUGAAAUAAUUUGAAUGAUAGGAAAACAAUACUUUAAUUCAAUACCUACCACACAGUUUUCCUCACCUGUUUACCUUGCCAAUGUCCUUUGAAGAACUCUUGGAAAGAUAAGCCUUACAAGUGAGACUUAUCCAAAAAUCUAGUUUCUACAAUUGCUAGUCUUGUAUAAUAUAAUAUAUAUUAUUAUGAGUGCGAGUAAUAAAUUUAAUGUGAAUGAGAUGGACAAAAAUUACGUUUGCUUAUAUCAGUAUUGUAUUUGAGACCAAUCGGAAAAAUCUUCAAAAAGUUCGUAUCGUAGAGAUUGUACACUUUAUCGUAUCAGUAUUUAUUCUUUAGAAAAAUAUAUAAUAUAAGAUAUUUUACCCAUGCACGAUGAUACUAAUUAUUUCGACUUGAAUAAUGACUCAUGAAGGGCUACAGCUCUGAUGUGACGAACGGAUUUCGGUCAGACUAGAUAUCAAAAUUCUGAAUCAGUGCUAGCUUUUUAAAGGAAAUUGUUAUUCAAAUGCCUGAUUUUAUCACAUUAUCUGAUAAGCGCUUGAACUGUAUCACCCUUCGAACAUGAAACAGCAACAACAAUGCGAUGAUUCGAUCGCCGACAAGCGCAAAAACGUAUCGCAGAUAACAUUAUUAAGUAUUUUCUACGUGAGGGCGGCGGUCCCUGUCACCUAAACCUAUAUAAAAUAAAAAUGGGCGUGAAAAAAUAUUUCAAAAAUGAGUUUCAAGUGUCGAAAUUCAACUUAGAACACGAUAUCACUCCUGAUUUUUAUUUAGGAUGCUGGCAGAGAAACCGAUCGUGUGUGCCUUUGUUGUGUUUGCGUGCAAUUUUGUGUGCCGGGAAUGUAGCUAUGGUGAUAGCAUCCUGGGUGGUGUUGGCUGGUUGGUUGAGUAGCCACGCCUUCUGGUGGAUCUAUCUGACGCACUGGGGCAUUUUUGUUAAUGCCCUAACUUCGAUACUUGCGUUUGCAAUAUCUCUUAAAGUUUACUUGGUUGGUCCCAUAGAUAGUGCUUUUGGUCUCCCGUGGUACAUAAAAUUGUACUGGUUCCUGUUCAAUGCGUCAGUGCCAUUGGCUUUUAUGAUAACCAUAUUUUACUGGGCUUUCAUCGGUGGAACAUUCGAUAUUCCCGGCUUGGAUGAUACGUUGGAUAUAUUUGUUCACGGCAUCAACUCUGUAAUGAUGUUUUUGCUAUUGAUCACCGCGAGGCACCCGACUCGUCUGCUGCACUUCUACCACACGGUGGCGUUCGGCAUAUUCUACCUCAUAUUCAGCCUGAUCUACUACUUUGCUGGAGGACUUGAUCCGAACGGGAAUCACUCGAUAUAUCCCAUGCUGGAUUGGUCUAAACCGGGCCCCACGGUCGUGGUGGUCGUGGGAGUAGCCAUCGGGCUCAUAACACUGCACGGACUGGUUCUCCUCAUUUCGCUGUGUAGGAACCACUUCAGUCAGCGGUUUAGGAAGGAAGAUAGAUCUUUCUCGGUUUCUGGAUGAAAGUAAUAAAACUUACAAAAUGUAUAAA